CUUAAGUGCUCACUCUCUCCCUCCCUCUCUCUUUCUCUCUCUCUCUCUCCUCUUCCCAGGUGUGAAGCUAAGAGGAACAGCUCGGCAGUCCAGAGAGGCGCUGUGUACUCAGGACAGUGAGGGUGUGAGAGUCAGCCCAGGCCAGGACCAGAGACCGGCUGUGGAAGGCCUAACCAGCCCCAUCCCCCCCAUGCAGUUCCCUGCCUUCCAGUGGACCAGACAUUCAGCCACCCCUGGCUCUAGGGAACAGGACAUGGGCUCCCUGCGCGUCACCAAGCGCCACAGGAAACUACUGAAAACCAGCCCUGUGGUCUCUAACAACUCACACAUCUCCUCUUCGUCCUCCUCGGGUUCCCCGGACUCUCCUGAGGAGAGCUGGCAGUGGCACAGACUGUCCCACAUCCAGGAAGCUCGGCGGAGGCUGAUGAAGGAGGUCUGUGCCAAGUACAAGAGCAGCAUCUCCAGGACCAUCACACCUCAUCACGUGUCCCGGAUCUAUGUGGAGGACAAGUACAAGCUGUUGUACUGUGAGGUGCCCAAGGCGGGCUGCUCCAACUGGAAGAGGAUCCUCAUGGUGCUAUCUGGCCUGGCGUCGUCCACCCACGAGAUCAAACACGACGCUGUCCACUACGGCAACCACCUCAAGAGGCUGGACAGCUUCGACCGCCAGGGCAUCACGCAGCGCCUGGAGACUUACACCAAAGUCCUGUUUGUCCGCGAACCCCUGGAGAGGCUGGUGUCUGCCUUCAGGGACAAGUUUGAGAACCCCAACACCUACUAUCAUCCUGUAUUCGGGAAGCCCAUCAUCUCCAAGUACAGGGUGAACGCCUCCAAGGUGGCCCUCAGGACAGGCAGCGGAGUGACCUUCCAGGAGUUCAUGCAGUAUCUGUUGGAUGUGCACAGGCCUGUGGGCAUGGACAUUCACUGGGAGCCUACCAGCCAGCUCUGCAGCCCCUGUCUGCUGGACUACAACUUCAUCGGCAAGUUUGAGACCAUGGAGGAGGAGGCUAAUUUCUUACUACGUAGAACUGGUGCCCCGCAUAACCUCACCUUCCCCAGUUUUAAAGACAGGAACCCCAAGGCUGAGAGGACUUCAACUCAUUUAACCCAUCGCUACUUUGCACAGCUCAGCACUUCAGAGAGACAGAGAGCUUAUGACUUUUAUUACAUGGACUACCUGAUGUUUAACUACUCCAAACCUUUUAAAGAUUUGUAUUGAUUGACUCUCUGAUCUCUGUUUGAGUCCUCAAAUCUCCCCUGGCUUUAAGUGGAGGAGCGCACCAUUUACAAGUAUUACUAGAAGAUCAUCACAUGAAAACAAUGUCUCGGUCAGGCGUGUCAAUGUGGUCCUGUAUUAAAUACCGAUGCCUAACUGCAAAACAUUGAACUCACAAACAAUGUAUCACUGCACAUUCAGUGACGUGAAAAGACAGUUCAAUGCUUGAAAUGCUUUGUGUUACGUGAAGAGGUAAGAGACCCACCUAUCAUUUUUUGCACUUAGUGUAGCAAAUUCUUUCAAAUUCUCCAAAAACGUAUUGACUCAGACUGAGCAUUAGUCUGCCACACUACUGCUGGAGAGUGUGUCUGGACAGUGUUAUAGGGCAGCAUCCCCCUUAAGUAUCCCUAAGUACUACUUUACCACACCAUCCCACUACCCUUUAGAAUACACAUCCUCAUCACUGUCAUCAAGGCUUUUUCUGACACUAAUAUUUAAAAACUGUACAAAUGGCAUUCAGAUGACUAUAUAUAUUUUUCUAUGUAUUUCUAUAAUGGAUAUAUUCACUGCUUCUUUGUGGGGAUUUUCAUUUCUGAUAUCACUGAAUGUUAUUUCAGUAAUUAUAUGGUGAGUGUGUGUAGAGAAUAUCUGGCUAUAUUUAGGCCUCUUGGGUCCCCCUGUAGAUCAGACCCUGUAAAACACAUGUCAAACUCAUUCCAUGGAGGGCCAAGUGUCUGCAGGUUUUUGCUCCUCCCUUGUACUUGACUGAUCAAUGAAGGUCAUUGAUUAGUUAGGAACUCUCCUCACCUGGUUGUCUAGGUCUUAAUUCGACACAAAUAUGAAGGAAAUAACAAAAACCAGCGCACAGUCGACCCUCCAUGGAAUGAGUUUGACACCCCUGUUGUAAAACAUGCUGGUUAACACAUGGACACGUAGAAAUUCCAAUCCAAUCUUUCCCUAAUUACCCAAUAAGCCCCUGCAGUGAAACAUCACUGCAGUGUUAGAGAGAACAGAACACUGACACCAUCUCUUAUACUGACACUGACAAAGUCACAAGGCAGCUUAUCCUACCCAACUCUGCCUGUGUGUGUGUGUGUGUGUGUGUGUGUGUGUGUG